AUGGACGUCAUCACAUUGAGUACCGGGUAUGAGGCGACCUACAACGCCAGUGAGCCGGGCGGCCGAAACAAGCUAAGCAGAUACGUAAGCACCCUUCAGAAAGAGCUUGAUAACUCCUUAGACAACCUCAACACGUUGGACACCACGGGUUACUACGAAGGUGCAUCGGCAGCUAAGAUCUUAUAUGAGAACAACGAUGACUUUCAUAACCAUUUCAAGAAUGUAGACAAUGCAACAGUAAUUACAUUGACUAGACAACUGGUAGAGGGAGCUUUUCUCAGAUUGAAUGCUCAAUCACAUAAAAAAAGUAAAAGCCAAGGUUCAGCUGGCGUUCACCUGGUUCCAGGUGAAUCAUCCACAGUCACAGCUAGAGGAAACCAAGGUCAUUUCUUGGAACCGAGUGUACAAUAUACUUCUGGGACGUAUGGGCACCAAUCUCGACAAGCACAACCUUGGCCUCAAGGUUCUCUAGAUCCAAGACAUCAUACAACCCAUCAAGGGUAUUAUGUUAGUCAACCUGCAGCGACUGGUUUUCCACCUCCUCCACCAACAGGUUAUCCACCUCCUCAACCUGGUUCUGACAACUAUUCAUACGCUCAAGGUUCUCUCCCACCUAUACUUCCCCCGAAUUACAAUCAGAUGCCUCCGCCUCCAUCUCAACAAUCGGGAGAUUACACAUACCCAUACCAGCACCCACCUCAAUCUGGUGAUUAUUCAGGCUACUACUAUCCAGGCUCUGGAACAGGGUAUGAUCCUUCGAGACACCAACAUUAA